AUGCAAGGUUCUGUUAUCUUCGACGGCCUUACUACAGAAGCUUUCAGCAUGAACCGUGGCAUAAGACAAGGCUGUGUCUUAGCGCCUACCCUUUUCGGUAUCUUCUUUUCGGCUAUACUGAUAGAGGCCUUUAAACAAUGUGAUGUCGGAAUUCACCUACACACGAGAAAAGAUGGAAGACUUUUCAAUAUCCAACAUCUGAAAUCAAAAAACAAGCGAUAUGACAUACUGGUCCGCGAGCUACUGUAUGCUGAUGAUGCAGCUCUAGUAGCUAAAUCUGAACAAGAACUACAGGAACUCGUAAAUAGAUUUGAUCACGCUUGCCGCCUAUAUUCUAUGAGUAUAAACACCAAAAAAACUGUCAUCAUGGCUCAAGGCGUCGACCAUCCACCUCAUAUUACGCUCGAUGGAACUCCUCUAGAAAUUGUUGAUCACUUUUGCUAUCUCGGAUCUACUACAACAUCCAAUCUUUGUAACGAUAAGGAAAUUGAUACUCGCAUUGGAAGAGCGGCUUCCAACUUUGGCAAACUCUCUACGCGUGUUUGGAGAAACAACAAGCUCACCAUUACUACCAAGAUCCUUGUAUACAAAACCUGCGUACUCAACACGCUACUAUACGGCUCGGAAACAUGGACCACUUACUCCAAGCAAGAACGUCGCCUUAACGCUUUCCACAUGCGCUGCUUGCGCGCGAUACUCGGUGUCACUUGGAAGGACAGGGUGACUAACGAAGCUGUCCUAAGCAAGACCAACUGCAACAGCAUCCUAGCAAUUCUGAAACAGAGAAGACUUCGCUGGCUGGGACACGUUCAUCGUAUGGACACCGAAAGAUUGCCACGUGAAGUCAUGCUCGGGCAGAUUGCUGAUGCAAAAAGACGAGUGGGUCGUCCAAACUUACGUUUCAAGGAUUGUUGCAAACGUGACAUGGACAGCUUCAACAUCAACGCUAAUUCUUGGGAAGCACGCGCCAAUGAGAGGCUCUUAUGGAGACGCGACCUGCGCACCGGAACUGCAAUAUAUGACGAAGCCUGGCUCGACAACAUUAAGCAGAAAAGGCUUCGCAUUAAGAACGCUGCACCCGUGGUCGACCCGCGCUUCACCUGCGACAAAUGCGGCAAGAAGUGUCGUGCAGCUAUUGGCUUAUUUAGUCAUAAAAGAAAGAAGAAAAUUUUAUUCUCGCCAUGA